AUGGUUAUGUUUAAUUUGGCUGGCGAAGUCCCAAGGAUCGACUGGAAUUCCGAAGACUUGGAAACGGAAUGGAAAACAUUCAAGCAACACGUGGAGUCCAUGUUGACUGGACCACUAAAAGGACUUGGAGCAGCAUUGAUCCAAGAUGGACAGCCGAUUGCCUAUGCCUCGCGUGCGUUAACAGAAACACAACAGAGGUACGCCCAAAUAGAAAAAGAAACAUUGGCAAUAAAAUAUACUCUGAAUGUUGUGUAUAAGCCAGGGAAGACCAUGUAUCUUGCCGAUGCAUUGAGUUGGAGCUACCUAAAGGAGACCAGAUCUAGAGAGAACCUUGUUCCAGGUAUUGAUAUUGAAGUAAACCAGAUUGUGUCAUACUUUCCAAUUUCACAAGAGAAAUAUCAAGAGUUCAAACGCGAGACCUCAAAAGAUGAAGCAUUGUCACAACUCAGAGAAAUUAUCAUCAAUGGAUGGCCAGAGAAUAAACAUGAAAUACCAGAGACAGCUCACCAUUAUUGGCCAUUCAGAGACGAGCUAUCAUUUAUAGAUGGCCUACUGUUCAAGAGCCAUACUAUCAUUGUUCCCAGAACAUUACGUUGUGAAAUACUCAAAACAAUCCAUAGUUCUCACCUUGGAAUCGUAAAAUGUAAAUCGCGGGCACGCGAAUUAUUGUACUGGCCGGGGAUGAGUUCUGAAAUAGAGGACACAGUGUCAAAAUGUUCAACAUGUGCCACUAACUCUAGAAAAAAUCCAAAAGAGCCAUUAUUAAUGACGGAAAAUCCGAACAGGCCAUGGUCUGUUAUUUCCGCUGACAUAUUUGAAUUUCAAGGACAUAACUAUUUGGUCACGAUUGACCAUUAUUCAAAGUGGCCGGAGUUGUCCAAAUUAGACGAUAUGAGUAGCAAGAACACUAUGUUAUAUCUCAAAAGCCAAAUGUCGAGAUAUGGCAUCCCUGACAAGCUUAUUACAGACAACGGUCCACAGUUUGCUAAUGAGGAGUUCAAGAAAUUUUCAAAGACAUAUGGAUACGAACAUACAACAUCAAGUCCCAGAUAA